GGACUGGUAAUGGAUGAAGAAAUGGAAGGAGAGUGGAAGAUUUUUCUUAUAAAUAGGAUACACUCAACACCUGUUCACCGCUCAGGGUACAGAGUGAUUUAAUCUCAAGAGACUGCAGGAGAACAAUCGGCGCAGCUCCUUUCACAUGUUUUCUGAGUGGCACGAGCAGUACGCACAACGGACCACCGUGCGCGCUGUGAACACCUGUCACAAGGUAAUGAGCAAGGGAUCGGUACUAUUCGCGGAGUAGUGCAGAAGCACUCUUGUUCAGAGGCUAUAUCCAGGUGAUUGAAGCUGGAGCAAGCAGUUCGGAACCCGCCGCACUUCCAUUGGGCUGGUCCAGAGAGCCAACCACCCCUUUGGACCGAUGUCCUGGCCGAAAUGUCUCGACACAUCUACAUUCGGAACAAGAUCGGCGAAGGCAUCCAAGCGCCCAUCUUUCAGGUGAACAGAGGGACUUACUCCAGGAGGAGCCGACUGAAGAGAUCCGACGGCAGCACCACCUCCACCAGCUUCAUCCUCAGACAGGGCUCAGCUGAUUCCUACACAAGCAGACCAUCGGACUCGGAUGUCUCCCUGGAGGAGGACCGGGAGGUGCAGGGCCAGGUCCAAGGCCCGGGCCAGGGUCAGGGACAAAGUCUGGGACAGGGCCCUGGCCAAAGCCAAAGCCAAGGCCAGGGCCAGGGCCAGGGCCAGGGCCAGAGCAGGCAGGAGAGAGAGCAGCAGGCCGCCUUACAGCUGGAGAGAGCUAAGGCAAAAGCUGUUGCCUUUGCUGUGAAGACCAACGUCAGCUACUGUGGUGCUCUGGAUGAGGAUGUGCCUGUACCUGCCACUGCCAUCUCCUUUGAUGCUAAGGACUUCCUUCACAUAAAGGAGAAGUUCAACAACGACUGGUGGAUCGGUCGUCUGGUGAAGGAGGGCUGUGAGAUCGGCUUCAUCCCUAGCCCCCUGAAGCUGGAGAACAUUCGCAUCCAGCAGGAGCAGAAGAGAGGCCGAGUCCAAGGAAAGCAGAAACAAAAAGUGACUGAACACAUCCCGCCCUACGACGUGGUCCCCUCCAUGAGGCCUGUGGUGCUGGUCGGACCUUCCCUCAAGGGUUACGAGGUGACAGACAUGAUGCAGAAAGCACUCUUCGACUUCCUCAAGCAUCGAUUCGACGGAAGGAUAUCGAUCACACGAGUUACAGCAGACAUAUCCUUGGCCAAGAGGUCUGUUCUGAACAAUCCUAGCAAGAGGGCCAUCAUUGAGAGAUCCAACACCAGAUCCAGCUUGGCUGAGGUACAGAGUGAGAUCGAGAGGAUAUUCGAGCUGGCCAGGUCUCUCCAGUUGGUCAUCCUGGAUGCAGACACCAUCAACCACCCAGCCCAACUGCUGAAGACUUCACUGGCACCCAUCAUUGUCCAUGUCAAGGUCUCAUCACCAAAGGUGCUGCAGAGGCUGGUCAAAUCCAGAGGGAAGUCUCAGAGCAAGCACCUGAACGUGCAGCUAGUAGCUGCUGACAAACUGGCUCAGUGUCCGCCGGAGAUGUUUGACAUCAUCCUGGAUGAGAACCAGCUGGAGGAUGCGUGUGAACACCUGGCUGAGUACCUGGAGGCCUACUGGAAGGCCACACACACAUCUCUGGCCACGCCCCUCAACCCCCUGCUGGGGCGCAACCUGGGCCCCACUGCCCUCUCUCCGUACCCCACCACCAUCUCUGGACUGCAGCAGACCCAAAGAAUUAAACAGAGCAACCACACCGGAGACCACUCCACCCCCAACGAGCGGCGCAACCUGAUGACCUCGGACGAGAACUACCACAACGAGCGCGCGCACAAGGGACGUAACCGCAUGUCGUCAGGCUCCCAGCAAAGUCGGGAGCAAGAACCCUACCAGGAUUACCAGGACCCCUACCAGGACGCCUACAAGCCCCACCGCAACCGUAGCUCUCCAGGCAGCUACAGUCAUGACACCAGGCACCGGCUCUGAGCUCUCCUCUCCCCUGACCUAGGCCUAACCCCCCCCCCCACCGUUCCGGAGCAGCAUAGCCACAAGAUGGCUGUCUCUUGAGAAAUUGUGCCAUUAUGUUUUUGUUUUUCUUAAAUAUGUUUUACUCAGGCUUUGGCUUUUUUUCUUUCAGGAAUUCUGAAUCGAACAUAUUGGCCUCUCACCACCAUUUCAUCUUUGGCCUCUCAAAUUUCUUGGGUGCCCCUAUCAAUCAACACUUGAUCAGUCUGCAUGAGCAAAAGGUUAACAAUGCUAAGUACGCUAAUGCUACAACGACCGAGUCUUUGUUUCGGGACAUUUGCCAUUCGUGUGCCCAAACAACACAUCAUUCAGUGGUUGUAUAGUAUCUGGUCGUUUUUUUCUUUGUCAACAUACUUGUUAGCUUAAAUGGUUACAGAUGGAUGAUGUGUUAUGGUACUUGUGUAGAGGGCUCUAAAUAAUGGAGAGGUCCCUGUAUUGGAUAGAGACCAUAGAACAUGAAGCCACUGCUGAAAUGAUGCCUGUUUUCGCGGGUUCCUAAGAGCUGUUUAAAAACAUCAACAAACAUUUCACUUGGCUGCAUGCUGACAGAGCACUAAUGACAUCAUCAGAUUACAUAUCUAAAUGAUCUAAAUCUGUAAUAGACGUUUCUGCACCUUUAACAAAAAUAUUGCAGAUUUGGAGGAUCCAUUUGAGUUCAUAUCAAAUGAUUUUUGGGGGGAGGGGAUUAGAGGACAUUGUUGGUUUGGUGGCCAGUGCUUCCCGCUGGUUCAUAUAUUCUAAGUCACAAGACAGCCAGUCUUCCCUUAGUGUAGCGUUUUUGGGUAGUUUUUGGGUUGUUUGUUAUUUUUCUUUGGAGUUGACGCUCUUAGCAUGAGCUUAGAUGAGAUCUCAGUCUCAGACGAGGAGAUGUCCCAGCCCGCUGCUAGUUGGACCUCUAGGACCUCCUUUUCCCCAGGAAAAGUAGCAUAUCACAACAGAUGCUGAGUGGCUGCAGUAGCAGGGCUGGGGCUAGCAGACCUUGUAGGGACAGUGGUCCACAGGAGGAACACUGCACAGCUGCAUCUUGACGUCCCCGGCCCAGCCAUGAAAUGUUGAUUUAUCUCCAGAGAAACCAACGGCAUCCCCUCACCUUAUUACUUGCUCAGGUCACGCGAGCAGUUUGGAACCAGCCUUAGAACAGUAUUGGGUUUAUUUGACAUUGAUAAGCAUAGAGGCAAAGCCCUGUGGAGGCAUUACUGUGACAACGCCCGGACAGCAGGCGUGUUCCCUUUUCUCGGGUCAGGCUUCUAGGACCCUUUUCUGCUGCUUCCUGUGUUCCAGUUUAAAGCACUUGACUGAUGUGGGAUUGUUUCCUGCCAGGGUCCUUUGCAUCAUGUUCAUUCUCUGAUGGCAUGUUUCCUACUGCAAAGCAUGCUCCCUUCAGUAGUGAUAUCCCAGUGUUGUAAAGUAAAGGAGAUGACCUUUUAUGAUGGACAGUGGGACAUACAUUGGUCCCAACAGUGACUUGAGACUGCCCUGAAGUAUGUAAUGGAAAAUAGUAUUGAAGCAGCAAUCAAGACUGGUUUAUGAAAGAAUCCCAAGUGUUGGUUGGAUGCAUGAUUAAACAGAUGACAGCAGGUUUUCUGUUUUAGGCAUCUAUGUUUUCUCCCCUUAGAUGUUUGGCUCCUGAGUUCAGAGGUACCAGAUGGUGUCUCUCCAUUGCUAUUCCCGGGACCCAGACAUUGUCACACCCCUCGCCGUUUUGAACGCACCACUUUAUGUCCUACGGUGUGUCUCAAACAUAUGGUUUGUUCUGGACGAGCAGGUUUACAGUCAAACUGGAACCUGAUUCCUAGGUGGCAAACAGUCAGGCCAGUGAUCCAGGGGAUAGCUAGGCCCUUACACCUUCAGAUAGAGGGCGCCACUGAGUUAAAAUGCCCUCUGGACAGCUAGAGCUAGAAGAGAGAAAUGCAAACAACUCCAGGACCACUGUCUUCUCUGCUACAGGCUGCAUGGGUGUUUGGUCAAGGAAAUGGGGUCCCCUCUGCUAAUGCUUACUGUAUGCAGAACAAUGCAUACUGGGAGAAUGAGUUCCUGAGCAGAGUAUUCUUAGGCAUGGUUAGAGAUGUGCAGUUACCUUGUUAGCUGUCUUGUAUUUAAUUCCUUCAAAUAGAGUUGAUGUACUGUAGUGACUUUUGUAGCACCAGAGGAAGGUGGUGCCUUAAAAACAAGAAUGAACCUCGAAAUGAUAGGGUUUGUGAUAUAGCUCCAAAUAUAUAAGUCUGGUCAGGGCACUGAUUUUUCCAGAACCAGUUGAUUUCCUUGCCCAUGUCAAUGUCUCUUUCUAGUUUGUUCACUGACUGAAAACAAAAGAUUGCAGAAAAAAAUAAUACAAUUACAUAUGCUGUUGUUUAUGAGCAUGCUUCUCUGUAAUAUUGUGACUCAUGCCAAAAUAGCAUUGAUUGACUGAUUGAAUGGGGAGCCACCGUUCAUUAAAAAAAAACUAAAAAACAAAUGAACCAAGAUUCCGCUCGGCUGCUUCAGACAAUCAGAGGGAUUUUAGACCGACUUUCACCUCUUCCAGACCAGGUGAUUAGAGUGGGCUGGACAGAGAGGUGAACACAGUGUCACCCAGUGCAACCUUUAGGUCAGCUACCUCUCUUUAUUCCAAUAAAAGGGAAUAUUGUCCACCAUUUUCUAUUAGGGAACUAUUCUACUGAAUUCAUGAAUUCAAUUUUCACUUCAUCUUGAGCUUGAAUUGAAACAAAAUUGACCCCCAAUCCUUUCCCUGAAUAUGGAACAUUAAGGUAAAAUACAUUGUUUUUUGAAUGGUGUAGAUAUCAUUUUCCAUUGCUAAAAUGGUUCUAAAUAAGUGUCUGUUCCUGUAUUUUUAUUUAGACUUAUUAUAAAAUGUAAGAGGCCAAAGUUUUGUCUCUCAAUUAAGUUUCAUGAUAAAUAGAUUUUUUUCAGAAACAUGGGUUCCUUCCUGACCAGAGACCAGAAAACAUUUUAAAAGAUUUUUCUUUGGAGAAAAAAAUGUACAAAAAAGACAAACAUUUAUUCCCGAUAUAGAAAAAGUAAUAGACAAAUCUUUGCUGGUGAUUAUUUUUAUAAUAAAUACAUAAAUGUAAAUAAUGUCUUUGAGAGAUGCUAUUUGCUGUAUACUUGUGCUCGCAUUGAAAUGACCAUGACCCUUGUGGGACACUUGAGACAACACAAAGUUUCAGUAUACAAAGUUUCAGUAAUGUGCAAUACAAAAGGCAUGCUGUUUUAAAUGAGGAAAUCCAUGUACUAUGCAACCGCAACCGUGUACAUCGCUUCAUGCUGUGGCUUCUCCCGCCGUCCACCCUUUUCCAAGCAGCUUCAUCACAACUCGAAGGGAAUUUGUGUUCUUUUUAUUUUUUUGUGGAAGAUGAAAACUAAACGGCUAAUGCGGUAUUGCAUGCAUAAUGUUCCAUUUUUAUUUAUAAAACAAAUUAAAGAAAACAAAAUUAAAAUGGGAGAUGAUUGUGUCAAAGGCAAAACUAGA